AUGAUUCGCAUCCUUCUAUCCUGUGCUGUGAUAAUAUGCUUGGUUUCUAAGAUGGAAGCCGCUACAGUUUCAGAUACGAAAAAUCUCUUAAGCGACAUAACUAAUGGAUACAACAAAGAGGUCCGACCAGUUAACGAUCAGACUGAACAUUUAGAUGUGGCUGUUGAUAUGCAUCUUCUAUCCAUAAAGGAUUUCGAUGAAGUGUCCGGAACUUUGAAUGUUCUUGCAGCAUUUAAAAUUGAUUGGAAAGACAUAUCCAUAGGUUGGGAUCCUACUUUAUACGGUAACCUGACCAGCAUAAAAAUGGGACAAGAUAAUAUAUGGCUGCCUAAGCUCUACAACAUAAAAGCAUCAGAUAAAUUUAAGGCCAUCAGCAACUCAGAUCUUCAGGUGGAAAUAGAUUACCAUGGUGCAAUCACAUGGUCGCCUGGGAGCUUCCUUGAUAUCAAGUGUAGCCCGGAUGUGUCAUAUUUCCCGUUUGAUAUUCAGACAUGUGCUAUACAAUUAGCAGCAUGGGGUUAUACAUAUCAAGAAGUUACGCUAAAAUCAAAUAACCCAGCAGUAAAUUUAGACUUUUAUGAAACCAACGGAGAGUGGUCCCUGGAUAAAUCUUCAACCGAUGUACAAACGCCCGGUCCAUACUCUUUUGUCUUCUUUAAUUUGACGAUUUCACGACUUCCGGCUUUUCACAUUGUCAACACAAUGAUACCGAUCUACUUGCUGUUGAUGAUGAAUCCUCUGGUAUUCGUGCUGCCAUGCGACUCAGGAGAACGUGUUGGAUUUAGUCUGACCGUAUUUCUCACCUUCACCGUUUUUAUCACUAUUAUCAAUUCUGUCCUUCCAGCCAACUCGGACAACAUGUCCAGACUGUCCUACUAUAUAAUUGCCGUCUUUGUUACAAGUGGCAUUAUCGCAUCAAUCAACAUCUUCCAACUCCGAAUGUACCAUAAAGACGAGCACUUACCGGUGCCUCGGUGGGUGGUCAGGAUGAUGAGAAUUCUCAACUGUCAAUUAUCACCCAAAAGAAGAAUCAUUGAAGUAUGUCCAGAAAACACAGACUCAAAAUCUUCAAAUAAGAAAGAACAGAGAGAAGCUCAGAUGGAAGAAGCUGCAAAGGUAGCAGUAAUGGACACGAUGACGUGGAAAGAGGUGGUACACAUUCUGGAUACAUUCUGCAUAUGGUUUUUCUAUGUUAUCCUAUCUGUAUUUAUUAUCUUUUCAAUUGUCACAUUGUACUGGGGAAAUCGAUGA